UAUAUUAGGUUUCUCAUAACUCGAGGCCACAAUGUAGUACAAUGUACUGUACUGUGGCCACAAUAUAGUAGAUUAUUAACUCAACAUAGCAAAUUGAAGCCUCCUUUUGUACAAAGGAGUACGCUGUGGCCACAGUAUAAUAAUUUGUGAACUUAACAUAGCAAAUUGUAGCCACAAUAUACUAAAUUGUGGCCACAAUAUAUUCAUUGGUGGACUCAGCAUAGCGAAUUGUGGCCACAAAAUAGUGACUUGUGAACUCAGCAGAGCAAAUCGAGGCGUCAAUAUGACUAAUUUGCGACCUCGGUAUAGUAAAAAGGAGUAAAAUAUAGGAAUUUAAAUGGAGGUAAACAAAGUUCCUCAGAGUGGUUUUAUGUGAAAUUCUAUGUUCUAUAAAAACUAUAAAGUCUUGCGUGUCCAAAUUGUUCAUGGCGAUGGUGAUGAGAACCUGAUAUUUGAAGAAUUUAAUACCUCUAAAUGCAAUCUCACAGAAAUCUAAAUACCAUUAUGAAUGUGUUUUAUUAUGCUUGAGAUAUUGUUUGCAGUGGCCUAAAAUCUGCAUGCAGGGUAGAGAGAUACAAGUAGGAGGCACGUGUAGGUUCACUGACCAAAAUCUGGACAUUUUCUGUUUUGCCUGUAACAUCGGACUGUGUAUUCGCUGUGUAAUGAUUAAUGAGGGUGACACUUCUGAUGUAGUCUUCACUCUGACCACUGUGUUUGAGAUCAAUACUCGGGCCACUGUGUGAAGUAUGGCCUGAUUUUGGGCUGAAAAGGAGAACCAGGCCUAUUGCACUUCUGUUAUUUGGUGCUGGGCAUCGUCACCUUUAGAAGGAGACAAUCUGUCUGUCUGUGACACUUUUCAGCUCAGCUAGUGUGAAUGAAGGGUCUUGUGGUGAUGAUCAACAGUUGAGAAGCAGCUGCUAGGAGCUUUACCUUUUCCCUGAUCGUUUUUCUGAAAGAACCAUUCUCUCUAGCUUGUUUAUAGUGUUACUGUUAUUUCUCUUCAUAUCGAUGUUCUGUCAAAUUUAGCAUUGUACAUUGUAGAAGAAAGCUAAUUAGGUCAGAAGCAAUAGAGGUCACUCUUUAGAUGUCCAACAUAAUGUAAAAGUAAUUUAUUAUUAAUUUUAUAUAUUUAUUUAGUAUGCUAUGCUGUGUGUCAAUGGCCAGUUUAAUUAAUAACUUUACAGGCGAGGGGAAAAAACUUUCUUAACUUUAACAAACGUGAAGAAAAAAAAAUCCUAAAAUCCUGGUAAUGAUUCUGUUGGUUUGUUUAUGAAAUACAUACACAAUGUAAAAAGAAGCUGGCACUUACAAAUGAUGUCAAUAAAAUAAAAGAAAAAACACAAGGUUUUGAUUUCACUACCACAGUGUUUACUCUCACAUAAGAGUAUAUUGAGCAGAUUGUUUACAUUUUUACGGUGAGUAGAGUUUAACUUGUCUUUAGAUAGAAGUAGUUCUUUUUAAUACUACCUGUUGAGCACAAACUCAGAGUCCAUUAAAGUUGAAUUGCACUGACUUUUCAUGUUUUGAUUAACUCAUGACUCAUUUAAAAUCAUUGAAUGGUUUGUUGUGAAAUGGGUAAUUCUAGGGAAAUGUAUCAACUUAGAAAUUUAGUGGUGGUGACAGGAACCUAACGUUUGCAGUAUAUGAUGCCUUUAAAAGCUACGUCACAGAAAGCUGUAACAUGACAAAUGCCGAAUACACAGCAUGUUGCCUGAGAUAUUGAUUAACGAUAGUUUUAGGAGGACAAUAAAGCCUAAACUGGAUUUAUUAAUGCAGUAUGGGUGAAGAGGUACAUGCAGGGCAUUUACAGGGUAGUUAACAUUAUCAGCAUUACAUGCACAAACUUAAGUGACCCAUAGGCUCGCUGGUCAUUUUGGAUAGUAAAUAUAAAGGCUAUUUAAUAUAAAGGAAAUUAAAGACAUUUUUUCAAUUAACUGUUUCACAUCAAACUAUUCUGAAUGACCUUGUCGGUUGAAAAUUUUGAUUUUGACAGAUGGGUGGAAUUUCCCUUUAAACAAUACUUGUUUUGUAGCAGUUAAGAGGUCAUAUAUGUCUGUGUAUGUGUGUGAGUCUGUCACAGAGGUGUGUUGGGCCAGUUUGCUGCAGCCUAAAUCUUUAAUGAAGAUGGGACUGUGUAUGGUGCUGGUGGGCCACGUGACCUUCCUGCUGGGAGCGCUGGUACAUGGCAUAGUGUUGAGACACAUCAGCAUCGGUGCCCAGACACCGGAGUACGCCAUCUCCAACAUCUUAGCUCUAACAGCCGGCCUUGUGGGAGUACUUGUUGGCAUACUGGCUAUAGUCCUUUCUAAAAAUGAGAAAAGUCAGCCGCUGACGUGGUGUCUAUGCGUGCUGAGUACCGUUGGUGUUCUGUUGGCUGCUGCCUCAGCCAUUGGCCUGCUGGUAUCCUUGGUUUGGGCCAUCGUUCAUGGCCGUAAGGGUCUCCUCCUCCACUGCAACUUACCUGAUGACAUGAGCUACUUCAGCAUCACCGAUGAGUGUCCCUUUGACCCCACCCGCAUUUAUAGCACCACUCUGAUCUUGUGGGUGCUGUUGAUUAUCAUGAGUGUGGUGGAGGUGCUGUUUUCAGGCCGCUGCCUCGCAGUCUGCAUCAACUUCAUCCGCCGCAAACCAGCACCACAGUAUGAAGGCAGAUCAGUGAAGACCCUCCGGGCAGCUGAGCCCCUAGUCCUCCCUGCCUAUACCCCCCCACCCCGUUACCGAGGCGACGGAGAGGAGAGGUUGCCGGAGCGACCCCCGGAACAGCACGAGCUGCUGCGCACGUCACAACGGCUGUACAGCUCCACACACUCUGCCCAAAAUCGUCCUUCCACCGCCUGCUUCGACAGGGCCCGGCUCAACAGGGCCAGCUUCUGGAUCUAAUUAUGAGCCUCGCUGUUACUCUGGCCAAACUCGGGCUCUGCUGGACUGAAGAUCAAUUUAAGGAAUUCCACAGAUUUUUCUAAACUUUUGCAUAACUCUACCAUUAACACAAGUUAUUUAGAGUGUUUUGAUGUGAAAUGGCUCAUAGUAGAUUAACCUAAGAACUUGGAUCCCUUAGUUAUGACAGGAACAAGGAGUCACAACAUCUACAGCUUAGUUUUUACAAAAUGCUGCAUCUAAUGUCAAACCACUCUGAAUUGUUUUGAUUACAUCAUUUGAAAAAUUAUGAAAAAUCUACGGAAUUCCCCAGUGCAUCUGUAACUGGUGUGUUCUACUAGUUUACAAACUGACAGGUAAUACAGUUCAUGUCAGCUGCUUGACCUUAAGUAUGCACUUGUAAAAGUGCUUUGCGGCUGUCAUUACAAGACAAUUAGGAUGGUGAAAACUGAACUAUGACAUGCUGCCUAGUGAGUCUGUUACUGCUCGCUGUUCAUGAGUGUGUGUGUGUGUGUGUGUGUGUGUGUGUGUGUGUAUAGCUGAACAUACAGGAGUGGAUUGCAUGAAACUCAAAGGUUAUGUUUGGACUACCUCUGCUCUGAGGCCUGUCCUUUACUAUUUACAGCAUCUGUGUGGGCAAAUAUGUCUUUGUAAACAGAACAACAUAUUUAUUUUGCUUUAAUAAACUCUGGCCCUUAACUGAGAUGCUUGAAGUGAUGUCAUGUAGACAAAUUAAUAAAAAGGGGAUUAAUGCA